AAACAGAGCAAAGAGCCCAUCGAACCCUAAAGGCCUAUCUCUAGAUUUUGCACAAGCUGCAACUCACUCACACAUACACAUAAUAGAUUCUCGAGUAAACAAAUUUUGAUCCGAUCAAGAAAACAACUCAUUGUUGCAUUAGAUUUGAGAGAUCCUACUACUAAAUCUAAACUACAAGCAUUGAACCUUUUUUUUCUCUCAUCUCUUUUGCUCUGCUUUCUUCCUCUGGUCAACCACACGAGAUUCCUUCCAUUCUUAUGUAGAAAAGAAAAAAAAACAAAAACAAAAUCUGAUUUUGGAAAGAGAGGAUUUUUCAGAGAUGGGUGUCUUCGAAACGGUGAAAUCAAUCGAUUGGGAACAAGAAUCGUACCCAAAUUACCAAGAUUUGGGCUUUUUGCCUCUCUUUGCAGUGUUCUUCCCUUCAGUUCGAUUUCUACUUGAUAGAUUCGUCUUUGAGAAAUUGGCAAAUCUUGUGAUCUAUGGAAGGAAGAGUACGAAUAAGAGUGACAACAUAAAAGAGAAGAAGAAAAAUAGUCACAAAGUACGAAAAUUCAAAGAGUCAGCUUGGAAGUGUAUUUACUAUCUCUCAGCUGAGCUACUUGCUUUAUCUGUCACUUAUAAUGAGCCUUGGUUCUCAAAUACUCUCUACUUUUGGAUUGGUCCUGGUGAUCAGAUUUGGCCUGACCAACAGAUGAAGUUAAAGUUGAAGUUUUUAUAUAUGUUUGCUGCUGGAUUCUACACGUACUCUAUAUUCGCUUUGGUGUUUUGGGAAACAAGACGGUCUGAUUUCGGAGUUUCGAUGGGUCAUCAUAUCACAACUGUUAUUCUCAUUGUCCUCUCCUACUUCUGCAGGUUAUCUCGUGCUGGUUCUGUUAUUCUUGCACUUCAUGAUGCGAGUGAUGUGUUCUUGGAAAUUGGGAAAAUGUCUAAAUACUGCGGAGCUGAGACGCUAGCGAGUAUCUCCUUUGUUCUUUUCGCCUUGUCAUGGGUUGUUCUACGUCUCAUUUACUAUCCUUUCUGGAUCCUUUGGAGCACAAGCUAUCAAAUUAUUAUGACUGUGGACAAGGAAAAGCAUGCUAUCGAUGGGCCGAUCUUGUACUACAUGUUCAACACACUUCUGUAUUUUCUGCUGGUUCUUCAUAUAUUCUGGUGGGUUUUGAUCUACCGGAUGCUUGUGAAACAAGUACAAGAUCGAGGCAAGCUUAGCGAAGAUGUCAGAUCAGAUUCCGAAAGCGACGAUGAACACGAGGAUUGAUCGCAUGUUUGGGGAUACUCAAAGAGACUUCAGAGUUCAACAUCAAGCCGGAUUCAGUGCAGGGUGGUUUUGCUUUAGAAGAAGUUUUAACAGUUCCGGAGGAUCAUAACUGGAUGAAACCGUUUUGAAUAGAUCGGUUUCUCAAUCUGAUUUGAAUUUUUGAGUUUAUUGGUUUUCUCUAUAAAGUUUGAGCAAAUUCAAGAUUUUGAUUAGACACUCCACUGCUCAAACUGCUUCAUUUCUUGUUUAUUUUGUUCUUCUAUAGUUUUUUUUUUUUUUAAUUUAUGGACUUCAUUUAUGCUUUUGCAAUAAUAACACAAAAUUCCUUGUA